CGUAGAACAUCCUUGGACUCUCCGCAAACGGGACUGCAGCCGCUUAGUGAGAUAAAUAAGAUAAAUUGCAUCAUGAUCGAAGACAAUAAGGAGAACAAAGAGCAUUCUUCAGAAAGAGGUAGAGCUGCUAUCAUAUUUUCCUUGAAGAAUGAGGUUGGAGGACUUAUAAAAGCUCUGAAACUCUUCCAGGAGAAGCAUGUGAAUUUGGUGCACAUUGAGUCCAGAAGGUCAAAGAGAAGAAACUCCGAAUUUGAGAUUUUUGUUGAUUGUGAUACCAACAGAGAACAACUGAAUGACUUUUUUGACCUAUUGAAGUCCCAUACAAAUGUCCUGUCUGUGAAUUCACCAGAUACUUUAUCUAUGCAGGAAGAUGAUAUGGAAACUGUUCCCUGGUUUCCAAAGAAGAUUUCUGACUUGGACAAAUGUGCCAACAGAGUUCUGAUGUAUGGAUCUGAAUUAGAUGCUGACCAUCCUGGUUUCAAAGACAACAUGUACCGUAAAAGACGCAAAUAUUUUGCAGACUUGGCUAUGAAUUAUAAACAUGGUGACCCCAUUCCUAAGGUUGAGUUCACUGAAGAAGAGAUAAAGACUUGGGGAACUGUGUUUCGAGAGCUCAAUAAACUUUACCCAACCCAUGCUUGCAGAGAAUAUCUCAAAAACUUACCUUUGUUGUCUAAACACUGUGGGUAUCAGGAAGACAACAUUCCUCAGCUGGAAGAUGUCUCCCGCUUCUUAAAAGAGCGCACAGGUUUUUCUAUCCGUCCAGUUGCCGGCUACUUGUCGCCAAGAGAUUUCUUGGCAGGUUUAGCAUUCCGUGUUUUUCACUGCACUCAGUAUGUGAGACACAGUUCAGACCCUCUCUAUACUCCAGAACCGGAUACUUGUCAUGAACUCUUGGGCCACGUCCCUCUACUGGCUGAACCUAGCUUUGCUCAGUUUUCCCAGGAAAUUGGCUUGGCAUCCCUUGGAGCAUCAGAUGAGGCAGUUCAAAAGCUGGCUACGUGUUACUUUUUCACUGUGGAAUUUGGCUUAUGCAAACAAGGAGGAGAGCUUAGAGUUUAUGGCGCUGGGCUACUCUCUUCCAUCAGUGAACUUAAACAUGCCCUGUCUGGACAAGCCAACGUGAAGCCCUUUGAUCCAAAGAUCACCUGCAAGCAGGAAUGCCUCAUUACAACUUUCCAGGAAGUCUACUUUGUGUCUGAAAGCUUUGAAGAGGCAAAGGAGAAGAUGAGAGAAUUUGCAAAAACUAUCAAACGCCCUUUUGGUGUGAAGUACAACCCAUACACACAAAGUAUUCAGAUUCUGAAGGACACCAGGAGCAUUGCUAGUGUGGUCAACGAACUUCGACAUGAACUUGACAUCGUCAAUGAUGCCCUCACCAAAAUGGGCAGACAUUUGGGUGUCUCAAGCUAG